GCAACUUCAUCAAUCUGCGUCGGUCCUCCGCGCUUCAAUACAUGGUAUGCACGAUGCCAAACUCUGUCUCCCUCUUCGUCAAACUCUUUGUCUCCCUCUUUUCCCCCUUACUAGUUCUCCUUCAAUGGCUUCUGUCAAAUUCUUUCUUCUGUCUUGCUCCUUUUUCUAUUUUCUUUACCAAGUUCAUGCUCAGACCUCCUUCCUACCAGAUUCUGUACUUCUUCCUGUUACCAAAGAUAUCUCAACCUUCCAAUACAUUACCCAAAUCGACUAUGGCACCUCACAAUUACCCACCAAGCUUGUAGUUGAUCUCGGCAGUCCCUUUCUCUUGGUUGAUUGUGUCUCAGGCCACGUUUCAUUUAAACGUAUAAUUCCCAGUUGUUCAAUCCAGUGCUCAAUGGCAAAAGCCUUUCAUCUUGGAAAUAAUAGUUGCUUUUCUGGUACUUCUAGGCCUGGAAAUCAUCCCUCAACUUGUGAUAUUUUCACAGAAAACGGUAUCACACGGGUGAUAUCAAGAGGGGAGCUUGCAGAAGAUAUUGUAGCCGUACAAGCCGUAGAAGAUGGUAAAAUCAUAAAAGUUGAUCACUUUCUCUUCGUUUGUGGACCUACUUUUCUUUUAAAUGGCUUAGCCAGAGGUGCCCAGGGGGUGUUAGGCCUAGGAAGGAGUCCAGUUUCAUUGCCAUCACAGCUUGCUGCAGCGUUUGAUUUCCACAAGAAAUUUGCUACCUGCUUGUCUUCCUCUAAUGGCUUUAUAUUAUUUAGAAAUAUGGGUAGUGAUUCAAUUUUUAGCUCAGAAAUUUCAAGGUCACUAACCUACACACCUCUAGUCUCCAACCCAGGUGGUAAUCCUCAAGAAUAUUUCAUCAACGUGAGGUCCAUCAAAAUUAACGGCAAGCGAUUGGCUCUAGGCCAAGAAGGCAUUAAAGGAACAAAAAUAAGCACAACUGUGCCUUACACCACUUUGGAGAGCUCAAUCUAUGGCACAUUUGUGAAAGCUUACAUAAAGGCUGCAAAUGGCAUGAAUAUGACAAGGGUUGCUCCUUUGGCCCCUUUCGGCCUUUGCUUUAGUUCAAAAGGUAUUGGUGUCACAGAAUUGGGUGCAAAGGUUCCUGCAAUUGAGCUAGUGCUGCAGAGUGAGAUGGUAAAGUGGAGGAUACAUGGGAGGAAUUCUAUGGUGGUUGUGAGUGAAGAGAUGAUGUGUUUGGGGUUGUUGGAUGGUGGGCUGGACUCAAAAACCUCAAUUGUAAUAGGAGGGUUUCAAUUAGAGGAUACCUUUUUAGAUUUUGAUUUGGCAACUUUAAUGUUAGGAUUCAGUUUGCCUCUUCGGAUGAGACAAACUUCUUGUUCUGACUUGCUGCUGGAAUCCGCCACGCUUAAGGACUCUCUGUGAACGGGUGAUGCCCUUUUUUUUUUACCCUUCUCUUUUCUUUUCUUUUUUCCAUUUCCAAAGUAAAAUUGGAAAAGUUAUUGUACCCAAGGAUUUUAGUUUUUAUCCUUUCUGAGUGUAUGAAGCUAAUCCCAAUCCCAUAACAAAUUUAGCCAA